UCUCUGUGCCAUUAUCUUUCUCCAGAUCGAAACAGAAGAGGCGGUCAACGAGGCGGCGCCCUCAUGGUGGACGGCGCAGGCGGCGGAGGCGCGUGGAGGGCAGCCGACGCGUCGCCACCGGAGAUCGCAGGCCAGAGGCCAGGGAACGGAGGGGUGCGGGAGCACAAAACUUCGUGGCCAGGAGAGGGAGCAGCACCGCCUGCGCCGUCCUCCAUGAGGGUCGCCCCCUCGUUCCGGACUCCGGCUGCCCUCCAGGCGACUCCGCCGUCUGCAGCUGAAGCACCCAACUCCUUCGUCCUUCGUCAUUUAUGCGCCGUCCCGCUCGAAUCCGCCAUCUGUCUGCCGCUCGAAGACGAAGGUAAGGUCUGCGGUGGCACUAGUUUGAUGUUCACAUGCCACACAACUUUGGUUGUGGGGUCUCUGCACACGAAUUCCAGCUCAAUAUUGUGGAUGCCUCAUCUUUCAACUGUCACAAGGUGGAUCGGGCGGGGCUUUGGCUCUAUCAAGGACUCUGGGACCCUCUGCUUGUUCCUGUUAGAGAAGGCACAUGUAAAAGUUUCGCUGAUUUUGAGCAUGUCGAGCUUGUACCUGGGGGUGCAUUUGGAGAUGAUAAGGGUGUUCGUAUCUCCUAUGUUGCUGCACUGUCAACGUUACAAGAUGAAAUAGAGAAGAUAAAAGAAGCAACGACUCUGCUCAAGCCACGAGUUGCGGUUUAACAAAGGCACUGUCAACCAAAGACAUUUUCACCAGCAAUGCCUUGUUAUAUUAAAUGGUGGCUACUGAAAAGUAGUUAAACAUGUCAUUGUUGUAUAAAAGAGAAAGGCUCCUGGUUUCUUAGUGAAAAGUAGUUAAACAUGUCAUUGUUGUAUAAAAGAGAAAGAGUCUGGAGCUAUGUUUACUUGAUUGACAUUCUGUAGUUUUCAUUUGGGUUCUGUUGUUGUUUCA